GAAAAACUGUGCCGCACGCAGUGAAAAGGCUCACUCACAUUGUUACGUGCCGUCACUCCGUUACACUUAGAGGGAAGAGGUCCGAGCUCCUGCGUCAAUCAGCCAGUCGGAAACGUCAAAUUGCGCACUUGGACGGGCAGAUGCACAAGCCAGAAUGCGAUCAGAGUUCCCCCCUCUCUGUUCACUGUGCUUAUGCGACACUGGGCCAACUGCUCCGUUCCUUGAUACCCGUCACCGAUGGAGUGAUGCCUCAGGUUUCCAACUUCUCCAAAGCGGGAAGAGGCCACGCCCACGGUAGCUUUGAGAGAGGUGGGAGCUGGGGGGAAGCUUCCCCUCUCCUCCCCCGCCCACACCGCCCACCUCUGACGCCCCCCCCCCCAAGUUGCUCUGCUCUGCUCUGCUCUCCUCCCCCCUUCCCUCAGUGACCCAGCUGUGCGCGCGCGCAAAGCCUGGCUGGCUUCCCUUCCCUCUCUGCUGCUCCCCCGCCCCUUUUCUGUUCUCCGUCCUUCCCACCUUGUAAUCCCGUCCUUGGCUGCUGGCAAAGAAAAGGUAGGUACGUACCGUUCACACCGGAGCUCCAGCCUUUGCCCGUCUACCACCCUCCUCCCCCCUCCCCCCCCCCCCAACUCAGCCUUUCCUCUCUCCCUUAUUUUUCUCCUCCUUUUCCUUCCCUCUCUCCCAUCCAAGCUUUCCCAUCAAAUCCAACUCUCCACGCCCGUGUUCUAUCCUUACACUCUUCAAUUGAUAUCUUACCAACGCGCCCUUCCAUCAAAAUGACCGGCCGCAAGAGAAAGCAAGAGGAGGAGGAGCUCGUAGCUCUGCCCAGUGAUGACGAAGAGGAGGAGGAGGAGUAUGUCUCUGACGAGGAUGACGAAGAAGUCGGCGAUAGUUCCGGCGAUGACGGAAGCUUCAACGAAGAGGAUGCCGAAGAUGACGAGGAGGGCGAAGAAGAAGACGAGGAAGCUGCCCCGGCUCCUCCCAAGAAGAAGAUAAAGACGGCAGCUACCGCCGAGGGUGAUGCGCCUCAGAAGAACGGCCACAAGAACGGUGUCGCCGAGAAUGAGGGAGAUGACCAAGAGGAGGAGGAUCAAGAGGGCGAGGAAGAAGGCGACGAUGAUGACGUCGAAGACGAGGAAGGUGCUGAGGAGGAUGAGCCCCCUAUCGCUUCCAAGGGCGUCAAGAAGGCUGCCGCACCGCCUGCCGCCGCCGAGGGCAGCGCUGCUGCUGUUGCCGCUGAUGGUGACGACGAGGACUAAUGGUGGUGAGACAUGGCUGUGGUGGUGUUGGCAAGUUCCUCGCGAUCCAUGAGCCCCCAUUGCGUGCGACCUCUCCUGCUCUGAAGGCGUUGGCGUUUGUGACCACUGAUUCGUGGCUGGCUGGAUGCCGGAGGAAGCGGCUGUCUUUUGUUUGCUUUGGUAUGCGUGCGCAAUAGGUACCGUCCUCGUCGAUCUCAGCUAGAUAUAUAUAUCCAUGUCAUGAACUGCUCCUGUUGUUGGUGUUUGC